AUGGUACUCGAAGACGUGAUUCCCAAACACAAAAAGUACUGGUUCCAGUAUCCGCACCUGCUGAAGCUCAACACGCUGCUUCUUGCACCGAUUCUGACAAACAUGACAAACGGAUUCGACGGCUCGAUGCUGAACGGUCUGCAGAGCGUGCCUGCUUGGAUAGAGUACUUCGACCAUCCCUCCGGUACGCGGCUAGCAUGGAUGGGCAACGCCAUGAUCGUCGGCCACCUAGCAUGCGCGCCUGCGUUCCCCUACAUCAUCGACAAAUACGGCCGCCGGAAGCCAAUCUUCUGGGGCUGCUCGCUUAUUGUUUUAGGAUCGCUGUUCCAGGGCUUCGCGCUCAGCUACCGCAUGUUUGUCCUCGCGCGAGCUCUCAUCGGCCUCGGCCUCGCGCUCGCCGAAGCCGCCGCGCCGCUCCUGAUCGUCGAGUGCGCGUACCCCCCGCAGCGAGGCCAGAUGACGUCCGUACUCGAGCCCGCGUGGCCUGUUGGCUCGUUCUGCGCCGCGAUCGCGACGUAUCUGACGUACCGGAUGCAGGACACGAAUUGGAGCUGGCGCAUCCCGAGUCUUUUGCAAGGGUUUUUCCCGCUCGUGCAGUGCGCGCUCGUGCAGUACGCGCCCGAGUCGCCGCGGUGGCUGGUCUCGAAGGAGAGAUACGACGAGGCGUUUGAAUUCCUGGUCGAGUACCACGGUGGUGGCGACCCGGAUUCCGAUCUGGUGCAGUACGAGAUGGCUGAGAUCUCGGCCGCGAUCGAGGCAGAGAAAGCAGCAAAGCAGAGCCGCUGGUCGCAGUUGCUGGCCACGCCGGGGAUGCGACACCGGUUCUUCAUCGUCUCGAUUAUUUCGGUCAUGGUCCAGUUCUCGGGAAACGGCGUGCUGUCGUAUUACCUCCCGAUCGUGCUCACAAACAUGGGCAUCGUCGACCCCAAUUCGCAGCUGCUCAUCAACCUCGGCAGCACGAUCUUCACUAUCUUCGUCGCGUUCUUCAUCGCGCUCCAGAUCGAGCGCAUCGGUCGCCGGACGGCGUUCAUCAUCGGCUUCUCGACCAUGUUCCUCGACUACAGUCUCUGGACCUACCUCUCCGCACUAAACGAAAAACUCGACUUCCAAAACCACGCCAUAAUAGUCCUCACCGUCGUCGUCAUGAUCGCAUACAACUUCUUCUACCACUUCAUCGGCCCCUUCGUACCUACCUACGUCGUCGAAGUCGUCCCCUUCUCCGCCCGCUCAAAAAUGUCAAUGUACUCCCAACUCGUCCAGGCUUCCACCAUCGGCUUCUCAAACUUCAUCAACCCCGUCGGCCUCGAGCGCUGGGGCUGGCGGUUUUACACCGUAUCCUGCGUCGCGCUCGCGCUCUGGGCUGUUCUUGCGUAUUUGUAUUUCCCGGAAACGGGAGGCAAGGGUCUUGAAGAGAUUGCGGAGAUCUUUGAUGGCGACGAGGCGCUUGGGAUUGUUCAUCAUGGUCAUCGAUCUGAGAUUAGCCAAGAUGAGGACACGGAUUUGGGCAUUUAUGGAUAA